CAACAAUGUUUUCCAACACUGUCACUCUCCAUGUAAAUAAAUACCCAGGUAGAUGUGAGUGAACUGCGUCUGCUUUAUGUUCUCCUUAUCGUACAAUUAAAGCCCAAUCGGAAUUGUUAGCGCCUGGUGUUGUGAGCAUUACGAGCGGAAAAACCACCACAGCGGCAACAGUCGGAGGACGUUCAGAUCUCGAUGGGCGGUUCCGGAGGAGGAGCCGGCGAUGGCGUGCCAGACAGACUGCCGCCUAUCAGCGAAAAGGACCAGCGCUUCCCCUACUGCAUCGUUUGGACGCCCAUUCCGGUGCUCACCUGGCUGUUGCCCAUGAUCGGACAUAUGGGCAUUUGCACUUCGUCCGGGGUGAUUCGUGACUUUGCGGGCGCCUACUUCGUAUCGGAGGACAACAUGGCGUUUGGACGACCCACGCGAUACUUGAGGUUACACCCCAAGUACGUGGAGGGCGGCAGUUACGCCUGGGACGAGGCGGUCUCCAAAGCAUCCGUGCUCUAUGGCACCCGCAUUCACAACAUCUUCUGCGAUAACUGCCACUCGCAUGUGGCCACGGCACUUAUCAACAUGCGCUACAACAACAGCACCGGAUGGAACAUGAUUAUCCUUAGCAUGUGGCUGUUUGUCUGCGGACGCUACGUUGGAAUAGGGGGCUUUAUCAAGACUUGGCUGCCGUUUGCCAUUCUCCUGUCCAUCUGCAUUAUUUUGGGCAUCUAUUUCUAAUAUCUAGUAUGUCUACUUAUAGUUAAAUGGUGUAGUUAAAUAUAUUAUAUCAAAAAUAACACUGAAGUGCAACUAAGUUUUAUCAAAUUUUAUAAAUAUUAAUUCACGGAAGCAAUUAAGAUAAUUCAGCUGGAACAGCUUAUCUA